GACAAAGCUUCUCUUCCUGAGGUGAAGCUGCUCUCUGAGAAGGGCGGUGUGGAGCAGCCACCGGCAGCAGCAGCAUCUUGUGGGACGGAGGCAGGGAGGGAGAUGAACUCAAUAGUGUUCCUUCACUGAAGCUUCAUUCCACUGCCCUGGCCGGGAACAACGCCUGGACCUUCUCACCAUCUCCUGUGAACCAUACCAUGUAGAGGAGACCUCGUCAACAAGCCAAUACAAAGCAACCAUGGGCUGCAACUGCAGCACGGACUAUGACGAUGACAACUGGAUUGAGGACAUGUGUGAACAAUGUAAGCUGGAGUAUGAGCGUGAGCAGAAGCAGUACCAGCAACAAAACUAUCCAGAAGUUCGAGAUCCCUUGGUGGAAUAUGAGCAUCAUUCUCCACCCACCUCUCCCUUUCCGGCUGAUGAUCUGUUUGUGGCCUUGUACAACUACGAACGACAACAUCAGGAUGACCUGGAGUUGAAGAAAGGCGACCAGAUAAAGGUGACCAGUCGGGAGGGCGAGUGGUGGAAGGCUGUGUCGAUAGUGACUGGAGAAGAAGGAUACAUCCCAUACAACUUUGUGGCUCAGGCCCACUCGCUGGGGAUUGAACCCUGGUUCUUCCAGAGUCUAGGCCGCAAGGAUGCGGAACGGCAGCUGCUGACCACGGGGAACACGCACGGGUCCUACCUGGUCCGUGAGAGCGAGACCACCAAGGGCUCGUACUCGCUGUCUGUAAGAGACAUGGACCCACAGCAUGGAGAUGUCGUGAAACACUACAAGAUCCGCUCCUUGGACAAUGGAGGAUAUUACAUCUCGCCCAGGAUCUCCUUCGGUACUCUGCACGAACUCGUCGACCAUUACUCCUAUAAUGUCGACGGCUUGUGCCAGCAGCUGAGGAAACCGUGCCAGUCGCACAAACCACAGAGGCCGUGGUGGCACGACGAGUGGGAGGUGUCACGGGAAUCACUGAAGCUGGUGGAUAAACUGGGGGCUGGGCAGUUUGGAGACGUGUGGAUGGGUUACUACAAUGACAACACCAAAGUGGCCAUUAAGUGCCUGAAGCCGGGCAGCAUGUCUCCUGAAUCGUUCCUUGCUGAGGCCAAUUUGAUGAAGACGCUGCAACAUCACAAACUGGUGAAGCUGAACGCGGUGGUGACGGAGGAACCGAUCUUCAUCAUCACUGAGUACAUGGCGAAUGGCAGCUUGGUUGAUUUCCUGAAGACAUCAGUAGGAUCAACGCUCAACAUAUUCAAGCUGAUCGAUAUGGCUGCACAGAUAGCAGAGGGAAUGGCCUUCAUCGAACACAGGAACUACAUCCACCGCGACCUGCGUGCGGCCAAUAUCCUGGUAUCUGAGGAUCUGUGCUGCAAGAUCGCAGACUUCGGGCUGGCACGCCUCAUCGAGGACAACGAGUACACGGCCAGAGAGGGUGCUAAGUUCCCCAUCAAAUGGACGGCACCGGAAGCCAUUAACUACGGAACGUUCACCAUCAAGUCUGAUGUCUGGAGCUUCGGAAUCCUCCUGACGGAGAUCGUGACCUACGGGCGGAUACCCUAUCCAGGAAUGUCCAACCCUGAAGUGAUCCAGAACCUGGAGCGCGGCUACCGGAUGCCUCAACCGGACAACUGCACCGAGGAACUGUACGACGUGAUGAAUCAAUGCUGGAGCGACAAGCCUGAAGAUCGGCCAACAUUUGAGUUUCUCCAGAGUGUCCUGGAAGACUUCUUCACAGCCACUGAAGCCCAGUACCAGAAGCAACCUUGAUAGUGUUGACAUGGACAACGCAGACAGAGAUGAUGCCUUCCACACACUUUGAUAGUAUCUCACAGUGCGGUACAGCCCAGAAAAUGCUGCAAAAUAGGAAGUAUGGCAGGUGACUAGUGCAGAGUAAACUCCCAUAAACAACAAUAGACACCAGGUGCAGGAGGAGGCCAUUUGGCCCUUCGAGCCAGCACCGCCAUUCAAUGUGAUCAUGGGUGAUCAUCCCCAAUCAGUACCCCGUUCCUGCCUUCUCCCCAUAUCCCCUGACUCCGCUAUUUUUAAGAGCCCUAUCUAGCUCUUUCUUGAAAGCAUCCAGAGAACUUGCCUCCACUGAGGCAGAGAAUUCCACAGACUCACCACUCUCUGUGAGAUAAUGACCAGAUGGAUGGUUAAUGAUGUUGAACGAUGUAUAAAUAUUGACCAAGACAGUGUAGUCAUGUCCUGGGCACAUCCCUGGAAACACAGCCUCCUGUGUGACAUUCCAUCACUGGAAGUUCUGGGAUACUCGCAUCUCUUCUCACUCAUCCCCCCCCACCUCACCACACCUCACAUCCCGCCAACUUGCUUCU